AAUCGCGUAAUGGCGGACGCGGGCCGGGCGAGCGCGACUGGGGGCGUAGCGCGCUGAGGGGGUCCGGCUGUGUGGCAGGCUGCGGUACGGCCCGCGGGAGUAGACUCCCGUGCGGAGGCGGGGUGGCCAGCUGGCCCUUGUGUCGCUGAGGGCGCCCGCGCGAGGCCAGGUUGUUUUUCAUCAUUUAGAACAUUGCCUGAAGCAGGUCCACCAUGCCGUUAGUAACGAGGAACAUCGAGCCAAGGCACCUGUGCCGUCAGACAUUGCCUAGCGUUAGAAGCGAGCUGGAAUGCAUGACCAACAUCACCCUGGCAAAUGUCAUCCGACAGCUGGGCAGCCUGAGUAAAUAUGCGGAGGACAUUUUUGGAGAGCUCUUUACUCAGGCAAAUACCUUUGCCUCUAGGGUAAGCUCCCUUGCUGAGAGGGUCGACCGCCUACAAGUUAAAGUCACUCAGCUGGAUCCCAAGGAAGAAGAAGUGUCAUUACAAGGAAUCAACACCCGAAAGGCCUUCAGAAGCUCUACCAUUCAAGACCAGAAGCUCUUUGACAGAAACUCUCUCCCAGUGCCUGUCUUAGAAACAUACAAUACCUGUGAUACUCCUCCACCUCUCAACAAUCUUACCUCUUACAGGGACGAUGGGAAAGAGGCACUCAAAUUCUACACAGACCCUUCGUACUUCUUUGAUCUUUGGAAGGAGAAGAUGCUGCAGGAUACCAAGGAUAUCAUGAAAGAGAAGAGAAAGCAUAGGAAAGAGAAGAAAGAUAAUCCAAAUCGAGGGAAUGUGAACCCACGUAAAAUCAAGACACGUAAGGAAGAAUGGGAGAAGAUGAAGAUGGGACAGGAAUUUGUGGAGUCCAAAGAAAAGCUGGGGCCUGCUGGGUAUCCACCCACACUGGUGUACCAGAAUGGCAGCAUUGGUUCUGUUGAAAACGUGGGUGCAGGCAGCUAUCCACCACCACCACAGUCAGACUCCGCUUCUCCACCUUCUCCUUCCUUCUCUGAGGACAGCUUACCUCCCCCACCAGCAGAAUUCAGCUACUCAACCGACAACCAAAGAGGGUCUGUCUUGGCUGGACCCAAAAGAUCCAGUGUGGUCAGCCCAAGCCAUCCACCACCAGCUCCUCCUCUGGGCUCUCCUCCGGGCCCUAAACCUGGGUUUGCUCCACCACCUGCCCCUCCACCUCCACCUCCCAUGAUGGGCAUUCCACCCCCACCACCGCCUGCAGGAUUUGGGCCUCCAGGGACCCCUCCACCACCUUCACCCCCAUCUUUCCCACCUCAUCCCGAUUUUGCUGCCCCUCCCCCUCCUCCGCCCCCACCAGCAGCUGACUACCCGAUUCUGCCACCACCUCCCUUAUCCCAACCAGCUGGAGGAGCCCCUCCCCCACCUCCACCCCCUCCUCCUCCCGGUCCCCCUCCUCUCCCUUUCAGUGGUGCAGAUGGCCAGCCUACUGUGCCACCACCACUUUCUGAUGCCUCCAAACCCAAGUCCUCUUUGCCUCCUGUGAGCGAUGCCCGCAGUGACUUACUUUCAGCCAUCCGUCAAGGCUUUCAGUUGCGCAGGGUUGAGGAGCAGCAGGAACAAGAGAAGCGGGAUGUUGUGGGCAAUGAUGUGGCCACCAUCUUGUCACGUCGCAUUGCUGUUGAGUACAGCGACUCAGAAGAUGACUCCUCUGAAUUUGAUGAAGACGACUGGUCGGAUUAGCUCUUCCUGCCUGCUGGCCACCUCCUUUUUCUUUUCUUCGACUUGCCUUCUUUGAUGCUUAUCCCAAGAGUCCCAUGGGGGACAGGUGGGGGGUGGGGUGGAUUUGAAGGGGACAGAGCCUUCCCUGAAGCAACCAAAGAUAGAUCCAAAGUGCUUCCUCUAAAUCAAACUUGUAUUUCCCCUCUCCGCAUAGUCAGGCCCCUUGGGACUCCUGAGGUUCAGUAGCCGGGAUGUUCUCUUUUCCUUCAAGUGCCUGUUGCCUAUCAAAGGGAAGGAAAAACCCCAAAACAGAUCCCUCUGAUUGGGUAUAAGUUGGAGAUAGUAUCUUUUUCUAGGAACCAUUUCCAACUAUGGUCUUCUUCCCUCAGUUAUUUCAAACAAUGCCAGCCAUCCUCUCAUUCUAAAGCAGUGAGAGUGGCCUUCAUGGACACAGCUGGCCCCUUUUUGGACCCUUCUGCCCUUAGCAGCAGGGAGAGGCUGCCUUUUGCUAAGCCAUCUCUAUGCCUUGGAUGCGCUUUAUUCCAGGAGGCAUCAAUCCCCUAAAGAAUGUCUCACCAUCUCAGCCCAGAAAUGAUGUCUUUCUAGAGGCUGGGGUUGGUGCCUCCCUCCCAGGCUCUCUCUUGGUGAAUGUGGAAUUCAGGUGACCCUUACAUGCCCCUCACUCACCCCCACGUGCCUUCAAACACCACAGCCCAGUUCUGACCUCUAAUACCCAUGACCAAAAUAGCCCUGACACACAGGGAUCUGGGCCUCUGCUGGCUGUCAGGAGUAAAGCUUAGAGACUUGAAACUGCAGGACUGGAAGGUGAUAGAAUUUCUUGGGUCCUACCCUCUUAAGGAUGCUGAGGCCUAGCGAUGGGAAGUGACUUGCUCAAGGUCACACAGUUGGACAGUGACAGAGCUAGAAUCCAGAGUUCCUGAUUCCAAGUUGUCUGUGCUUUCUGGGACCAAAUAGUGGGCACUUGCUGGAGGCUGGGCAGAGAAGUCUUGGCUCUGUCCUACUGCAGACCUCACCAUAGGUGGGGUCUCAGGGCCUAUGCCAGCCCUGUUCAUGCUGCUUAGCCCCUCAUAGCCUCUUUGUAAUUUUUUUCCUGCCCCCAUCUCCCACCCCAGCUUUCCUGUGCCUUGGGAGCUGCCCUUCUGGGGAACCAGAGAGAAAAAAGGGGGUUGGCAUCUUUUACAGGUGCUGCUCUCAAUUCCUCUGCAACUCCUCCCCCUUUUAUUUCCCAAUUUUAAGCAUAGGUUCUGCCAACUGUAGAAACUUCAGUCCCUCAGGCUGGCAGCCGCUGCGGGUACCUGCCUGGAGGGGCCUGGCAGCCAUGAGGAGAGCUGAAAAGCAGAGGGACUCGGCCUUGUUUCCAGCUGCCUCCGCUCUUCACUGCACAUGUUGAUGUCUUCUCCCUCCCUCCCCCCACCCUUUUCCAGAGCUAAUACACAGGUGCUAUUAUUCCAAAAAAAAAAAAAAAAAUUAUCAGCUCUGGCCAACAGUGAGGUUUCUCCUCUUCUGCCCCAACUAUUAUUAUGUAGCCUCUUAUGCUGAAAUGGGCUUCUCCUGGCUUCUCCAGCUUUCAGAGCCCUGAAACAAAGAGAAACAGGAUCUGUCUCUACCCAGCACAGCAAAUGGUUGUAAUUGCGAAGCCUUCUUAAACCCCUCUGGCUGGAGGAAAGUGUGUAUAAUCAUGGGUAGUAGCGGCUGUGCCCUUCCUGAAUGCCUCCCCUCUGCCUUCUUUCCUUGAACUUGGGGCAUGGAUACUGAGCCUGGAGGUGCCAGCGUGCCCUCCUGCUGCGGCUGCUCCCAAGCGAGCCCUCCUCCCUCUCCCCAGAUCAAGUGUCUCUGGCACAGGGCUGGCAACAAGUUCCAGUGCUGAGCACACCAGGCUGUGUAUGCCCCGCCCUUGCUUCCACCACUGUACUUCGGAGGUUGAAGGUGCUUUCACCAGAACCCUAAAAUGGCCAUUGAGGUGCCCCUGGCUGCUGCCCAAAGGUGGCUGGAGAGGCAAGCAGAGUGCAGUGGUUCCCCCAAAUAGGAGCUCUGGGGCCUGGUCAGGUCAGGGUCUGAGCCUAAUAUCUUUGACUAAAUUAUCCCCAACCCCCCUCCUUUCCAGAAAAGGGUUAGCCACCACCACUCACUGUCAUUCUGCUCUGACCUUGAAGGGGGUGGUGUUGGCUUGGCUUCUGGAAUGGACUGAGUCCACUGUGGAAAGGGCUGGGGGGCAGGAGGAGGUGGGGAGGGGCGCUGCCUGCAGAAGGUAGGAUUAGAUCAUUAGCUCAGUGACCUCCUAGGGUUUCUAUGUGCUGUGUUCUCAUCCUACAGCUGGUUUGGUAAUGAUCUGCAAGUCCCGGAGAGCACAGCACAGCUCUGCCUGACGCGCUCAUUAAAAUCUAUGCAGCCAAGCUCGGCACUUUGUAGCAGCCGGCCUUGCGAAGCCUCCUCGGCUCAGGGGCUAGGGAUCCAGUCAGCCAGCUGAGAGGCCCUGUGGGCCCUACUUACGCAUAUGUGCACACACACACACACACAAAACAAAAUCCAGAACUCUUUAAGAUGAGAAAGGACCCAGUGCAGUUAAUCAUAUGUUCUUGGAAUCCUGUAAUUGUAGAAUGCAAAGCUAAGUGAUUAUUUAAACUGGACUGAGGCUGGUUAAGAGUAUGGAACAAUUAACAAUUCUUAAGAGCUGAAACCAAGGAGCCAUCUCCCUUCCUGGUCUGCCCAGCCCAGGGGACCUGCCCCCAUUCCUGUGGCCCAGAGGCCUAGCUUCCAGCUGGCAGUGUCAGAAGUGACUUGUGGCUUUGCCUCGGUCGUGAGAUGAGUACAUUCCAAAGGAGCAGCCGAGGGGGAGGGGUCAGGCGGAGCGAUCCCUGGGCAGCUCAAAGCUCCAGCUUUCCUCCAGCAGAAGCCAGGGGCUUGAGCACCCUCAGAAACGACCCUGGCUAGUGUCACUGCAGAGCUGAGGCGGUGUUGUCAGGGCUAAUGUGAAAUCUCUUCCCGCGGCGCCAGUCCUUUGGCUCUGCAGCGCCAGCAUGGACAGAUUGAGGUCUCUGUGGCUUUGGUGUCCCUGAUUAAGCAUUCCCACCGUGUCCCAGCUCUGCUCUCAGGCUGCCUCCCACCACAGCCCCUCUCACCUGACCUCAGGACCUGGGGAGGGGGGCAGUGCCCCAAAGGCAAGAGGGCUUUCGUUCAGGAGAGGCAUCAGGCUUUGAGCUUUGCUGGGGUCCAGUGGACCUGGGACCAGGUGCUGCACAGAGAUGCGCCCCAAUCUGCACCUCAGUGAGGGUUAGGGAACAAUUUUGUUAUUGUAUUAACUUUAUUCGGUUAUCACUUGAGAAACUAACCAAUUUUUACUUUCUGUCUACAAUGAUGUACAUGUAGGAGAGUGAGCCAUAAUGCUCCCAAAGUGCCUUGUAGUCUCUGAUAUAAAUAUAUUUAUAAGGACAUAUUCCAGUGGGUUCUUGAGGGUGAGUUUGCCAUGUCAAGAUUUUAGGAAUGAGCAUAGAUAAAUGUAAUGGGGAUACAAUCUGAAAAUGGCUCCCUUUCCCCUGAGUUGGAAUAGGAGCUUCCUUUGGGGAUCUGGGCAGUGGGGUUAAGCCAAACCCCUAAGUGACCCUGAGGUUGCUGCCUUUCCUCUUCUACCCUAUUCUUCUCAGGCCCUUAAAAGGAUACCCAGUUUUUUGAAGCCCCGUGUCCCCAAGCCUGGUCUCAUUUGCUUUCCUGCCAGGCUUGUGUGUACCAUAUUUGUACUGCAGUGACCUGAAGGUUCCAUGUACUAUUUUAUGUAUACACAUGAAGACGUAAAUGCCAACAUUUAAAAUAAUUUGAUAAAGCCUUUGUAGUCAUUCA